GUUACCGUUGAAUUUAUAGGGUGUGCAAAAUGUAUUGCAAAACGAAAUAAAUUUUGCUUUCAAGACACGUGUGUUUUCUCAAAGCUCCCAAACAUCAACAAUGUUUUUGUUUAUUUUAAAAAGAUUGUAAAUAAUAUGACUUAAACGAUGGCUUUUAAAAUUAAACAAUUUGCAAAUGUUUCUGGAUUUCUUCAAAAGCAAAAUGAUAUUUUAUACAAAUUUCCAUUAAUUAGUUCAGCAAGUUCUCGAAUUCUUGUAUUUUUUGGAGGUGACACUCAGGACUUUUCUGAAAAUAUGGCAAAGCACCGGGACAGUCGUCAUUUUCAAGAAUGGAGUUUGGAGAACACAGCUAAAUUAAUAGCAGAACGUUUUCCCAAAAAUCAUAUUUUUAUUAUUCGACCAGUAAGGAGAAAAAUACUUUCUAAUGCAGUUUUAAAUUGCUUUGAUAAUUUUGUAUCUGGUGACGAAUAUGGUGCACCUAAUUUUUGCCAUAAUUUCAAUAGUUUAUUGCAUUUAAAAUUGCUUCUUCAAUCGUUAUCAGUACAAAUUCCAAAGGCUUCAAAUGAAAUAAUAAAUAAUGAUUUAUUAUUAAUUGGAUUCAGUAAAGGUUGUGUCGUGUUAAAUCAAUUUCUCCAUGAAUUUCAUUUUUAUCAAAACCAAAAGGAACUAAAUAAUGAUAUGGGAAAAUUUAUAUCUCGAAUUAAAGAAAUAUGGUGGCUAGACGGAGGACAUCCAGGCAAAAAGGAUACUUGGAUUACAGAUGAAAAGAUAUUAGAGUCGUUUAUAAAAAUGGAAAUUGAUAUUCAUGUACAUGUCACUCCAUACGAAGUAAGAGAUGAGAAUCGGCCAUGGAUUCGUAUUGAGGAAGAAAUCUUUACUGAUAUUUUGCAAAAAAAAGGAGCCAAUAUACAACGAGUUUUUCAUUUCGAAGAUCAACCUUGUAAAUUGGAAAAUCAUUUUCGAGUGUUAACAGAAUUUACCUCCUCCUCACAAUAAUUAGGUAUUUUUUUCAAAAAUAAAAUUUUCUACUUCUUUAA